CAGGUCGGUGCGGAGCGCAGCGGGCGGCGGCGGGAGCAGCGAGACAAGAUGGAGUAUGAGUGGAAGCCUGACGAGCAGGGGCUCCAGCAGAUACUGCAGCUGCUCAAGGAAUCCCAGUCCCCGGACACCACCACGCAGAGAGCUGUGCAACAAAAACUAGAACAACUCAAUCAGUAUCCAGAUUUCAACAACUACUUGAUUUUUGUUUUAACGAAGUUGAAGUCUGAAGAUGAACCGACACGUUCCUUGAGUGGUCUUAUCUUGAAGAAUAAUGUAAAAGCACAUUUCCACAACUUUCCAAGUGGGGUAGCUGACUUCAUUAAAAGUGAAUGUCUGAACAAUAUUGGUGAUUCCUCCCCCUUAAUCAGAGCUACAGUGGGCAUUCUGAUAACAACCAUUGCCUCAAAAGGGGGAUUACAGAAUUGGCCUGAACUCUUACCAAAGCUUUGCAGCCUGUUGGAUUCUGAAGAUUACAAUACCUGUGAGGGUGCAUUUGGUGCUCUUCAGAAGAUAUGUGAAGAUUCUGCUGAAAUUUUAGAUAGUGAUAUAUUGGACCGACCACUCAAUAUCAUGAUACCGAAGUUCUUGCAGUUCUUCAAGCACAGCAGCCCAAAAAUAAGGUCUCAUGCUGUUGCAUGCGUCAAUCAAUUUAUCAUCAGCAGAACUCAAGCUCUUAUGUUGCACAUAGAUUCUUUUAUUGAGAAUCUUUUUGCACUGGCGGGUGAUGAGGAGCCUGAAGUACGCAAAAAUGUUUGCCGUGCUCUGGUAAUGUUGCUGGAAGUUCGAAUGGAUCUCCUGCUUCCUCAUAUGAUUAGUAUAGUUGAGUACAUGCUUGAGAGGACACAGGACCAAGAUGAAAAUGUUGCUUUGGAGGCUUGUGAGUUUUGGCUGACUUUGGCUGAACAACCAAUUUGUAAAGAUGUACUAUGUCGGCAUCUUACGAAGCUGAUACCUGUGCUGGUAAAUGGUAUGAAAUACUCAGAGAUAGAUAUUAUUCUGUUAAAGGGGGAUGUUGAAGAAGAUGAAGCUAUUCCAGAUAGUGAACAGGACAUAAGACCUCGUUUUCAUCGUUCACGGACAGUGGCCCAGCAACAUGAAGAAGUUGGUAUUGAGGACAAGGAUGAUGAUGAACUUGAUGAUGACGAUACUAUUUCUGACUGGAAUUUAAGGAAAUGUUCUGCCGCUGCUCUAGAUGUCCUUGCCAAUGUAUUCCGUGAUGAACUUCUGCCACACAUCUUGCCCCUUCUGAAGGAAUUGCUCUUCCAUCCUGAAUGGGUAGUUAAAGAAUCUGGUAUCCUUGUUCUUGGGGCAAUUGCUGAAGGCUGCAUGCAGGGUAUGAUUCCAUAUCUUCCUGAGCUGAUCCCUCACCUUAUUCAGUGCCUCUCUGACAAAAAGGCUCUUGUGCGCUCCAUUACAUGCUGGACUCUUAGUCGCUAUGCACACUGGGUAGUUAGUCAACCCCCAGACACAUACUUGAAGCCAUUAAUGACUGAGUUGCUAAAGCGUAUCCUAGAUAGCAACAAGAGAGUACAAGAAGCUGCCUGCAGUGCCUUUGCUACUCUAGAAGAGGAGGCUUGUACAGAACUUGUUCCUUAUCUUGCAUAUAUACUUGACACUUUGGUCUUCGCAUUUAGUAAAUACCAGCAUAAAAAUCUUCUCAUUCUUUAUGAUGCUAUAGGAACUCUAGCAGAUUCUGUAGGACAUCAUCUAAAUAAACCAGAAUAUAUUCAGAUGCUAAUGCCUCCAUUAAUCCAGAAGUGGAACGUGUUGAAGGAUGAAGAUAAAGAUCUUUUCCCUUUAUUAGAGUGCCUGUCAUCGGUUGCUACUGCCUUGCAAUCUGGCUUUCUUCCAUACUGUGAACCUGUGUACCAGCGUUGCGUAAAUCUGGUGCAGAAAACCCUUGCACAAGCCAUGUUGCAUAAUGCUCAGCCAGACCAAUAUGAGGCUCCAGAUAAAGAUUUUAUGAUUGUGGCUCUUGAUUUACUCAGUGGUUUAGCUGAAGGACUUGGAGGCAACAUUGAACAGCUGGUGGCUCGUAGCAAUAUCCUGACGUUAAUGUACCAAUGUAUGCAGGAUAAAAUGCCUGAGGUACGGCAGAGUUCUUUUGCAUUGUUAGGUGAUCUGACAAAGGCGUGUUUUCAGCAUGUUAAACCUUGCAUCGCUGAUUUCAUGCCAAUUUUGGGAACCAACCUAAAUCCUGAAUUCAUUUCUGUCUGUAACAACGCCACUUGGGCAAUUGGAGAAAUCUCCAUCCAAAUGGGUAUAGAGAUGCAGCCUUAUAUUCCAAUGGUGUUGCACCAGCUUGUAGAAAUAAUUAACAGACCCAACACACCAAAGACGUUGUUAGAGAACACAGCAAUAACAAUUGGUCGUCUUGGUUACGUUUGUCCUCAAGAGGUGGCCCCCAUGCUACAGCAGUUUAUAAGACCCUGGUGCACCUCUCUGCGAAACAUAAGAGACAAUGAGGAAAAGGAUUCAGCAUUCCGUGGGAUAUGUACCAUGAUCUCGGUCAACCCCAGUGGAGUAGUCCAAGACUUUAUUUUUUUUUGUGAUGCUGUUGCAUCAUGGAUUAGCCCAAAAGAUGAUCUUCGAGACAUGUUCUGUAAGAUUCUUCAUGGAUUUAAAAAUCAAGUUGGGGAUGAGAAUUGGAGGCGUUUCUCUGACCAGUUCCCUCUUCCCCUAAAAGAGCGCCUUGCAGCUUACUAUGGAGUUUAACCCCAUGCGUUGUAGCUGCAGUCCCAUAAUUAGAGGUCCUUCAGUCUGGGAGACUAUGGGGGAGCCUCUGCACCCAGGGAAAAUGCUACCCUUUACUGGGGGGAAGGGUA